GUCAUGCCAUGCAAGGCUAACCGCGAAUCGCGGGCAGAACCUGAGCGCCUCGCGCCGCCACUCACCGUGACGACGGACCGGGACCGCUAGAUCUGGUACAGGUACGGGCAGGGGAAACUACGGGAGGGACAGACAUGUCGGGACUGGCUCAACACAGGUGUGACCGUGAGGAUGGCAGCGUCAGAGCCACGCAGAGGUGACGUACAGGUGUGUGCCGGAGCGUCAGGUGCGGACAGGUGAGCGCGCCCGCAGGUCGCGGCAAGAUGGCGGCUGCGGCGGGCCUGGCGGACAGCGACACGGACGGGGAGUUCAUUGAACCCUGCGAGUUCUGUGGCUCCUACGAGCGCAAACUCAAGAAACUCUUCCUCGCGCUCAACGAGAAACUACAGAACGACAACGAGGCGCUAAGGAAGGAGCAGCAGGACCUUGACGUUCAGGUCAAGACCCUCAAAAGAGACUUGAAGAAAGUGACGGAGGAGAAAGAAACUGCUUUAGCAGAGACCGACAUUUACAGACAGUCUAUAGAACAGCUGAAUAAAAAGUUUGACGAAGUCGAAAGAAAAUGUUACGAGGCAAUGAAAGAAAAAAAGGACAUCAAACACAAACUCGUUGACGUCACGAAAGACAAGGACACGUACGUCUUAAAGGAGUACGAGACGUCUAAGAAGUUUCGCGAGUUCCAGGAGAAGUCGAAGGGAGAUCUUGAGACGUUACAAAAGGCGGUGAAGAAGGAGCAGAUGCGGUUUGAUCGUGAGACGAAGGCGCUUAACGAAAUGAUCCAAGACAUGGACCGGACGAUAAGAAAACUCGAGCGCGGGCCGAACAAAGAGACGAGCGCAACUCAGACCGAACUGCCGGAAAUUGCCGUGAUUUUUGAGGGGGAAAUUAAGAAACUAGAGAAGAUAAUCAAGCACAAGGACAACACGAUAGACUCCAAACAGCGCGAGAUUCACAGCAAGGAGCGAGAGCUCCACUCCAAGGUGCGGCGGAUGGAGCUGCUAGAGAAGAAGGCUGACGAAGCGGCGGGGGAGAAGAUCCACAUGCAGAUGGACCUGAACAAGGUGCGGGUGAAGCUGGCGUACUACGAGGCGGAGUGCCGCAGGGUCAAGAAGGAGAACAGCAAGCUGAAGGCGAUGCAGCAGAAGGAACAGCAGCAGCAGCAUCCGCACAGACAGGGCGUUCCGCAGAGCGCACGGCCGGCCAAUAGCACUACGAUGAACGGACUCGCCAUCAAGGAGGCUAUCUAAGCGGCCGGCUCCGCUCCAGUGGCGUCGCCAAAAAAAGUAACCACACACACAGGGCGUUCCACAGAGCGCGCGGCCGGCCAAUAGCAGCGCGAUAAACGGACUCGCU